AGCCACUCGUCGACCUGGACCUGCCACAAUCUGCGCUGCAGCAAUGUUUUCUUCGUCUUACGGGAACGCGCCGCCUCGCAACAACUUCGACUUGAGUCAGGACCGCCAGAAACAGUACUCGGCUGGCUCGUCGUACAGCUCGCCGUUCGUCCCUGCGGCCAACUCACCCUUUGCUACCUCUAAAGAUCCGGGACCGUCUCUUCCCCCGUCAUGGGCAUCUGCUAUAAGGCCCACAUACCAGACUGGUUACAUGCUAUCUGACCCUCCACCAGGAAUGAUGGCUCCCGAUACUGGACGCGGCGAGCUCCCUCUCAUCCCGACCAAAGCGAAACUCAGCCCCCUGCUCACGCGCGGCCUCGACCAUAGGUCCAAUAACACUUCAAUGUUUGCGAGCAAGAAAGACCAACUUCUCCCUGAUGAGGAAGGCCCGCCCACCCUGUCCGUUCACGACAUCCCAAACGAGCCUGCCGACCCCAACGUGGUGCGAAUGCGUCUUAGCCAGCGCAAAUACCCCGAAGACCUCCCCUCAACUCCCAAGCCCCGCCAUUCCCGCUCCCAAACAACAUCCGGUACCCCAGUCGGAACCACCCCCUCCUCCCAGCCUCUCUACGUUAUCGUGUACGGAUACCCGCCAGACCGGUACAGCGCCACCGUCGAGUACUUCCGCUCGCUGGGGGACACGACCGAAGCCGACCCCAACGCCGAGAUCGUGAACUGCUUCCGGAUAGGGUACAAGAAGCCUAUCGACGCGCUGCGUGCCAUCAAGAAGAACGGGGACGUUCUGAGCGGCGCGUGGAUGGUCGGCGUCAAGUGGGCUGAUCAGGCGCAAGCCGAGGCUGCCCUGGGGAAAGGCGUCGUGCGGCAUAUGGACCAUGUCUACCAAGUUGCCGACCAAUACGGGGGCUCUCCAGACGUGAUGGACACGUCCUCCUCGCCCAACCCGAUGGACACGCGCCCGCCGGUGGGCACGCCGCUCAAGCUCGCGCCUGCCAAUGCGGCAUUCAAGCCGCACGAGUCGCAACAUUUCAACUUCCCUAUACCUGGGCAGAAUGGUUCGCCGGACAAGGGCAUUGUGGGGAAAGUAUCUGAUCUCAUCUUCGGCUGGUAGUACGCCUUCCUGGCUUCAUGAUUUUUAUGAAUUCAAAUCGGAUGUGUCGUACUGUCUCAUGUAGAUCUAGUAUGUAGUGUUGCUCGUGACGAGUCCCGCCAGAAGUUGGCGGCCGCAGUUAGCUCUGCCUGGGCGCUGUACGGGCCAUAAUGCAUAAAGGCCUAUAUUCUAUUCCCGUUUCUUGUCAGAUUGUCUAAGACCUGCGAAGGCGUACAACAGAGACCCUGUCAGAACAAGACUAGCUCCUGACGCCAGUUGGACGUUCCAGCCG